GAUCAUUAUCAGAUGUGACUGUUGCGCAACGUUUCCAAUAUACUUAGGGCUGAUGUUGGAGUGCAACAGGUGCAUAUGAGAACUGCAGACUUUCAUAAAGUUUGGACUGAUUCAAUAUUCAGGAUAUGGUAAUGAAGUGAAGCUCUGUCAGACUAAUCGCCCUGGGCAUAGACCGCAAACGAAGAAGUUGGUAAUAGCCUUUACGGUCAGUUGUGCUACCGAGGGGGUCUUUACGCUCUCCUUGCUUAGUUAUCGUGGACACAUUUUCGCUGCAAUGUCCACAUCGGCGUCCCCUCGGUUCUUCUCCGAGAGUGAGGUUGCCCGUCAUUGCUCUAAAGACUCGUGCUGGGUGUUGCUGGGGACCAGGGUCUAUGAUGUGACGGGAUUCCUUCGAUUGCAUCCGGGCGGAGAGGCUCUCAUACUGCGCCGCUCAGGGAAGGACAUCAGCGGGGAGAUUGAGGGGCCGCCACACCGGCACUCCGACAACGCGCGUCGGUGGAUGGAGCAGUACUACAUCGGAGAACUGGACAGAGACUGCCUGGAUGAAUCACAGACGGUGAGAGCGAGGAGAAAGGCCCCAGAUCACACGGCCCAGAAGGAAGAACUGUCCCCUCUCAGCAAAUGCAGCCAAGUGGACCUGGACACGGACCUGGUGGACUGGCGCAAGCCCCUGGCCUGGCAGGUGGGCUACCUGGGGGAAAAAUAUGACACCUGGGUCCACCAGCCUGUGGACCGGCCAAUCAGACUCUUUGGGAACGAGUUCCUAGAGGCCAGCACCAAGACCUCCUGGUAUAUGGUACCAAUAGUGUGGGUUCCAGUCAUUCUGUAUCUCAGCUGGUAUUGCUACACCACCCUGGCUCAAGGAGCAACACGACUGUUUAUGGACACAGAUCAUUCCAUCCUGGUCCAUAAGUACAGCUUUCCCUUCAUCUUUGUGGCGGGAAUGUUCAUGUGGUCGUUUAUUGAGUACUGCAUCCAUCGCUUCGUGUUCCACAUGCGUCCACCUGCACACAACUAUUACCUCAUCACCAUCCACUUCCUGCUGCACGGCCAGCACCAUAAGUCUCCCUUCGAUGGCUCUCGGCUGGUCUUCCCCCCGGGCCUGGCGUCGGUGGUGAUCGUCAGCUUCUACCUGCUGCUGCGCCAGGCUCUGCCGGAGGGCCUGGGCGUGUCGCUGUUUGUGGGGGGUCUGUGUGGCUACGUGGUGUACGACAUGAUCCACUACUACCUGCACUACGGCUCGCCCCACAGGGGCUCCUACAUGUACGGCCUCAAGGCCUACCACGUCAAGCACCACUUUGAGCACCAGCAAGCAGGUUUUGGGAUCACCACCACAUUCUGGGACCAUCCCUUCAACACAGUCAUCCCUGAACAGACUUUCUAGAACCCAACUUCUUUCUAGAGCUCCCCACCCAGGGUCGGACUGGCAGUCGGGAGAGUUGGGAGAUUUCCCGAACGGCCAGUCAAACGGUCGGGGCAUAAUGAAAACAAAAAUAUAUAAUAAUAAUAAUAAUAUACAAUCGUGGGCUGGUCUGAGUUUCAAAGUCCCGGGCUGUUUUUCAGUCCCAGUCCAGACCUGCCCCCAACCCAACACAGUCAUCCUUGAACAUAUUUCUUAGACCCCUCCAACACAGUCAUCCCUUAACAGACCAUCUAGAACCCCCCCCCCACCCCUUCUCAUUUAACUAUAGAACGUUUACAGAAAAUUGGAGCCUCGCAGCAGCACCGUUCAGCCGUACAGAAACGACUCCACUCUACUAUUGAAGACAAAGAGAGGAAAUGUCGCCGCGGUCCUUCUAUGACAGGAGACAAAAAAAGGGUACAGAAAAAGGGGGGGAAAGCGGGUAAAGAAUGAGUUUCCCCUGGGCCUAACAGGUUUCAUGUUUCGCAGAGGACCACUGCGUGGCUCUCUGUUCUGUCUGCUGUGGAUACUGCAAUGUUCUUAACUCAACCACAGACACCUUCCACACCCACACAGUCGACUUCCUGCUGUGCUUCUCACGUCUAUUUGAUAUCUUCAUAUCCAGUGCCGUGCCCUUGGAUGGCAGAAGUCUGGGUUUACAUAGGAGCUUGUGUCUCACAAUCUGUCAUGGUCAUAAUGAAUCUUAACAUUUUCUUAUCAUAACUGUAUAUUUUCAACAUUUGUCUGUUUUCAUAAAUGUAUAGAAAUAUAUUAUAGAUAUACAUUACAACACGUUGCACAAGGGGAGGGUCUGUUUCCAUUCUCGGUGUUUUAAUGAAGGGUGUCAUGUAGGGAGGACGAGUUUCUGGGGAGUGAAAAAGAGAGAGACAGAAACAGACAGAGAGGGAGACGGAGAGACAGCGAGGGAGAAUAAGAGGCAUCUUAAUCAAUGUGUCGGCAUGUGUGUUGUCAUGGCUACAGAGACGAGAUGAGGGCUUGAAGCUGGGCCGGUGAGACCCUUCUCUCAUGGGGGAGGACAGUAUCGCAGGGGGGGGGGGGAGGGCAUAAGGACCCCACUAUAGGUGCCCGUGGGGAUGCCUGCACAAUGACGAUCUAGGAUCUGAGUGGCAGGCAGGGGUCCUCUCUUCAGGCCACGGCGGAUCCUCAGCUCCUCUCUGAACCAGGAAGUAGCUUCUGUCUCUAAGACAACAUCUCCCCCUAACACACACCCUAAACUUAGGACACACCUUAACCUUAACCCCAACCGCAGAGAACGCCAGGAUGGCUCAACCUGUUGUCAGAUAUGUUGAAGGACGAUACGUCUCAGCAUAUAUUAGUUUUUUUUUCUUUCCCUGAUUUGGCUUUGAAGACUUGUAUUACAUUCGAGAGGAUUUCCAAGUCAUCAUUUGUACCUUGUGCUUCAAACAACUUUUGUAAGUCAAUCAUUAAAUUUGUGAUGCUCUUGAUGAAAAUGACGAGAAUGAUCAAGAUGAACAUUAUGUAAUGUUGAAAACAGGUAGUGGUUAGGCUAAAGUGGUUCUAGUCCUGCCUACUCCCUGUCCAUGGUUCCCAGCUCUACUCAGGGAGAACCGAUGGGAGAACCGAUGCGUGCGGAGGUUAUUGUUCCAGGUCAGCACCGUUUCUUGAUAGCUCAUCUCAGUAUGCAGCACCAGCUUUACAACAUCAUGGCAACAUUUCUCCAACAAUGAUUUUCAUGCUGUGAAUCUUUCAGGAAACUCAUCUGGUUGUCAUUUGUUGUUCUUGAGUGUGGUGUUAGUGCUGGGCAGGAUCUAAAGCUAUGAGACAUUGGCUCAACAAUAGCGCCAUCUGCUUGGGUGUAGAAGUAAUACAGAUAUAGAUAUGUCAGAUAUAUUUAUGUAUAUUUAUAUAUAAUAUAAACAUAUAAGCUAAGAUUUUUCAAAGCAAAACGAAAAUAAUUUCUAUUGAAUCAAAUAUUUUAAUAAGAGGUCUUUUUUUCUGCCCGCGCAAAAAUCAGUUUACUUACAGUAUAUUUGUAACUGUUAUUUUGGAAUGCAGAUGCAGAUACAUGUAAAUAAAUGUCAGGUAUAUUUCUGA